UUUUUUCGGUCGUCGCGGGUGAACAAACCUGCAUAGUUCGUUACCAACUCUUUGGCAACUAAUUUAAACAAACAUAUCGCGAUAAAAAGCGGUCGAAAAGAAAUUGCGGUAAUUCUAGAAAGUACUAUUUGCCACUUUCCAAUACAAGAAACGCAGUGCGUUUGACGGACGACGUCGCGGUUUGAAAAAGAUAACUUGUGUUUCAACGGAAACAAAGAAACAAUAUAACGCUCGGUCGGACGAAUCGAAAUGACAUGUCCGCCGUCAAAUCGGAAGAAGGAACGGAUGAACAAAAGAACAGGUCCAAUUAAGCAACCAAGCGUGCACACUUUGUCUAUGGCGUUUGUAAUUAUUGAACUAGAUAAAUUCGGUUUUUUGUCAAAACGGUUUUUCAACCGCGGAGCUUGGCUAAAACAUUGCAUUUUAAUAUAAAAGCCGACAUGUUUGCACAAUGGAGUCAGUUAACGACUACGAGUGUUCGAGUUAUGUGUAGCCCGAUGUGUCUUAAGUUUGCGAUAUUGGCAUUUUCGUGCCUGGGUGGUUUGGCGGCUCACGGAAUACCAUUGAAGGAUAAGCGGCAGGUAGGAGUGGGAAAAGUGGCGACGGUAAACUCACAAGUGGAUCACGCUCCGGCGGAAUCUGGAUUUCUAGGAUUAGCGCAGCCUGCUGCCGCACAUGCUGGAAGCAAAUACUUUCAGGAUAUGUACGUCGCUCAACACAAUCCGAAAGAAAUCGAAUUCGGACAUGUUUGCGAAAACCCUAACGACUGGGAGCAGCGAUUCGAAAAGAUUAAUCUGGAAAACCUUAAUCGACAGGGAAAGGUAAGAUGGGGUGAUAAGCACGGAGGGUACGGUGAACAUUACUGGGACUACAAUCACGCCGGCCACCACGAUGGUAGUGGAGAAGAAAGCCAACAGAGCGAAACUUACGAAGAAUACGAAGAAACCAAAGACGCGCCCAGAAUUCUACCUGCAUCUAUCAGAGGCAAGAGAAAUCCCGACGAUGAAGUGGAAUUUAUCAGCGAAAACGCCCGAUCCGCUAUCCUCGACGGCAGAGCACCCAAGCAUGGUGGUAAUUACAGAAAGGCCAAAGAGUACAGAGCCAAGAGGCAACCGGCACAACCCAACAGUGAAGAUUUAGUUUUCGAUACAGAAACUGGUUACAUUGUUGAUAAAACAACAGGGGUACACUACCAACUUCAGGCGGUUCCAAACUAAUUGAGGCAUUUGAAAGACUUUAGGGUUUGCGGAGUGCAGGGGCGGGGAUUUUGCCAUUCACCCUAUUCCUUAUCUCGCCCUUUGUAUCCCGCGAAUUAUUGUUUUUGUUGACUAGUUCUAGGGCUUUACUUUUUAAAACAAUAAAAUUUUAUAUUAGA